GGCGGUGCCCGCAGAAUGGGCGGCAGAGCCGGCUUCUUCGAGGUGGAAAUCCUUGACUGGGAGACAAAGAAACAGCUAUGCUUCCUAGAUAAGGUGGAACCCAAUGCUACAAUUAGAGAGAUCAGAUUGAUGUUCCAUAAAUUAUAUCCUCGGUGGUACCCAGCAAGGCAGUCAAUAAAACUUGAUCCAAAAGGAAAGUCCCUGAGGGAUGAAGAAAUCCUGCAGCACCUCCCUGUUGGCACAACUGCUACCUUAUAUUUUAAAGAUUUAGGGCCACAGAUAGGAUGGACUACGGUAUUUUUGAUAGAAUAUACAGGUCCAUUGUUCAUCUAUUUUGUGUUUUAUUUCCGCAUGACAUUUGUCUAUGGACUGGAUGAGAGGUUUACAUCAAGCCCACACCCAGUAGUUAACUUGGCAUGUAUCUGCCAUUCUUUCCACUACAUCAAAAGGUUGAUUGAAACAGUAUUUGUUCAUCGGUUCUCCCGUGGGACUAUGCCACUCAGGAAUAUUGUGAAGAACUGCUUAUAUUACUGGGGAUUUGCAGCUUGGCUUGCAUAUUACAUCAACCAUCCUCUUUACACUCCUCCUUCUUAUGGGAAAAAACAGAUAAAUUUUGCUGUGAUCAUGUUUCUGCUGUGUGAAGCUGGAAACUUUUCCAUUCAUGUUGCGCUCAGUGACCUCCAGAGAAAUGGAUCCAAAACCUGUAAGAUCCCAUAUCCAACAAAGAAUCCUUUCACAUGGCUGUUUUUCUUUGUAUCUUGCCCUAACUAUACAUAUGAGGUGGGGACCUGGAUCAGUUUCACUAUCAUGACUCAGUGUGUUCCAGUGGGACUGUUCACCUUGCUUUGCUUCAUUCAGAUGACAGUCUGGGCAAAGGAUAAACACUGCACCUACUUACGAGAAUUCAAGGAUUAUCCAAGUCAUAGAAUGCCAAUUAUUCCCUUUUUGUUGUAAGAAAAGAAGGCUCAAUUUGAAUAUUGCACAGAACUUCAAGAAGAAAACCUCAUAAAUGUCCUGCCAAAUAAAUGAAUUAAUGAAAAGGAUUUUGGUGCAUGUUGAAUCUCCACUGCUAAGGAAAAUUGUAUGCACUUGAAAGCUACACUUCCUCACAUUCAAGAAUUCUCAACUCAGAAGCACCUUAAAAAAUAAGGCUUCGUUGCACAGCUGCAAAAAAAUUCCCUGCAGCUCACCUAACUUGACUUAGAUUUUUCUGUACUAGUCUGUUUAGAUUGAUGGAUCACAGAUCCUGAGAAGUCUGUGCUGAAAAGUAGCUCCAAAUUUAGCAGUGGCAUUCUGCAAGACAGAAGUACCCUGGAAUGAGGACACACCAGCUAACUACCAGAGCUCAGUUCAGCCAGCACGGCCAGCUGGCCUCGGGACAGUUGCAUGAUCUGCCUUCUUUGACUUGAAGAGAGUGUGCUGCCUGAAGGCAGGUGCUUUGUAACAGAUAACAUUACCAAAGAAUAUGAAUGGUUCCUGGAAUAAAGAAAUAGGCAAUAUCUCAAAAACCUGCUUUGGGUCUAACCCCUAAUUUUCCAAAAGAAUCUGAAGUAAGAAGUAUUUCUUGUAUUUGUGAAUGUAAUAUCCUAUGCUGAGGUUUUUUGUUUGUUUAAGGUCUUCUUCAUUAGUCAGUUGCAUAGUAGUACACAAGAUUCAGGAGCAAUCUAACCUAUGUCAUAUCUUUGAUAUCUGGUCUGUUUUGAUAUAACAUCUCCUUAUGAUACUAAUCAACCUUUUACCCAGCAUUUUACAUCAGGCUUCUCUAAGUAGUUUUUAAUACACUUUGUAAAUACAUGAAGUGACUGCUAAUCCUCAGAAUGCUCUUCCUGUUUCUGGAGCCAGGGAGAAAAAUCAGCAUUAUUUUGGACUUCCUGUGUUUUCUUUGUCACAGGAUGUUGUGUGUGACUUAGUUGGGUUUUGUGUAAAUCUAGUAAAAAAAGGAUAUUGAAAUUUAUCUGAAUGACAUUUUAAAGAAGCUAUUUUAGAAUAUGAAGAUACU